GAGGGACUGCGUGCACACAGGAGAGCGGACGAAGCUUUGCUGGCACAGAGGACUGAACGUGUUUGAACGUUUCUGGUGAAUUAAUGUUGCAAUGGUCUGACUGGAUACUGGUGACUUUAUUUUGGUCUUCACUACUGCAAACGCUUCCAAAACUGCAGGAAAUACAGAACUGAUAAAGGAUUAACUUUUUUUUUUUUUAAUUCUGGAUUAUCCAGUUUGUGUACCACAACUUUUUUUUUUCUUUUUCCAAAUGACCUAUGCAUUUGUGUGAAAUACGCCUCAACACCUGAGACUUUGUGUUAGGAGGAAAAUCCAAGUGGACUAUGGCAGUGUUGAGUUGUUUGAGGAUUUUACUUAUCUGGAAUUUGUUGGUCUGUGUAAACGGAGGAACAUUUGUGAAACCCCCAAGCUCAACUGUGUAUACAUCAGCAGAAGAAGACGUGCUUCUGCCCUGUAAGUUCAUGCCAUCAGAAGGAGAGGUGAUCGUUCAGGUUAUCUGGAUGCACAUUAAGCCAGAUGGGACUGAAGAGCAGAUCAUAACUGCUCAUCGUGUGGAAGGACAGCUAGAAUCUCCUGCUUAUGCAGGCCGUGUGCGCUUUGAAGACAGCGACCCCAUUGAAAACUCUGCUUUGAUUAUCCUGAAGACAGAGCUUUCAGACGAGGGACGCUAUACCUGUAGCAUUACUACAUUCCCUAGUGGAAGCGUAAAGACUCAAGUGUCUCUUACUGUGUGGACUAAACCCAUCUCCACAUUGGACCCUAUUAUUCUAGUGGAGGGUCAGUCAUUUCGGCUGGCUGCCACGUGCCGUGCAGUGGCUAAGCCUCAGCCGGGUCUCUCAUGGGAUACAGAUCUGCCAGGCCAGAGCCAGAACCGCACUCUGGACAAUGGCGUCGCUUCCAUCCAGUACUCCCUCCACCCUCUGAGGAGUAUGAACAUGCGCAAACUGGACUGUCUGGUCUGGCACCCAUCUCUAAAAAGUCCUAAGAGGCUCACUAAUAACCUUGUAGUGCACUACCCUCCGGAUGCAACAAUCUCGGGUUAUGAUGAGAACUGGUAUGUGGGUCUGGAGGGUGCUCGACUCCAGUGUGACGGAGGAGGAAACCCCAAACCACACAACUUCACCUGGACCAGGAAAGAUGGCGGUUUACCAGAUGGCGUGACCAUGGAGAAGGAAGUAUUGCGAUUUGACAGGCCUCUUAGAUUAACAGACAAGGGAGCGUAUGAAUGUGUAGCCUCCAAUAUUGUGGGGUCUGGGAGAGUGGAAGUGAAAAUAGAAGUAACAGAGGAACCAAAAAAUCCAACAUCAUUCGACAGCCUCCUGCUGAUCAUCAUAGGAGGAAUUUCAGGGAUGGUGGUGCUUAUUCUAGUGAUUGUAGUAAUAACAGUAAACCGACAUCACAAACGAAAAAACAGACAACUGGCUAUGGAGCUGGAUGAGAAAAAGGAAGAAAUUAGCACUCUAUCCAGACAGGCCUCGAUCAGAAGAGUUGUCUCAACCAGCAUAGAUAAUAAAUACCAGAUGGAGGAGAACAUACCAUUAAGAGUUGAAGGAACAAUCCGGACCAGUCUCAGUUCACUGGACCGUCCCCGCUCUCGAGACAGUCAUUCCACUUUAGGAGGACUAGACUCUCUGGGACGACCUGCCAUUUUUAACACAUCCAGACGAGGCAGGGAGCGAACGAUGGACAGAGAGAAAGAUGGAGAGAGAGUUCCCAGUCGACUGAAAAUGGAGCCUUAUGCCAGGAACUGCGAUCCAUCGCUGCUGCAUCCAGAGAGCCAUUUCCACCCUCCUCUACAGCCUUCCACUUUUCCGAUGGAGCAGACUGCUGAAAUUAUCAGAUCUCGGAAUGGCAGUGCCAUUCUACCAGCAGAUGGCAGACCGCAGUCAGGAGGCAGCAUAACUGGCAGUAGAGCAGGCAGCAGAGGACAUCAUUCACCCUUAAAUUCAACCUACCCCAUACUUACAGAUGACGAAGACAUGAGGCCAGCUGAUGAAGAGUCAGAGCUUUCCAGGGGCCAAAUAGAACCUGACGGUAUGGAUAACGGAGGCAGUGAGACUACAAGCUCGCAAAUAUCUGAGGCAAUGUCCAAUCACUUUGAGCAUACUAACGGUACACUAUGGCCUAAGUCGAAACCCAACAACAUCUUACUAGCACCAGAGACCACUCGAUUACCCCCUCUCCAUUCAAACAUGAUCCAUCACACGCCUCAGAUUGUGUAGCUCUCAGACUUCAGCACUGGACAGCAUCGUUGAGCCACGACAGAGUGCCUGGCAUUGAUACGUUUUGGAUUCUGGGAGACCUUGGAGAGAUACUGAGAUUGGCACUUUGGCAAGUGAAAUAUCUCACCUGAAUGUUUCAGAUCAAACCUAGGUGACAUACUCUACUGUACUACUUCUGCAAAUGGUCAUUGCAAUGUUAGCAACUCAUGCUAGCAAUUUAUCAUCUGUAAAAAAAAAUCUAUUUUUUAUAUGGCGUAUACUUGGAUUGCGUGAAAUUAAGUGUGGGACUGACUUUCCCUGACUGCAUCUUUCAAAUCCGCACAUGCUUUUUUUUGUGGAUGAGUAUUAUAAUGCAACACUUUCAACGAGAGAGACAGAAAAUCUGUGACUGUGAAAUGAUGCCGUGACAAAGAGAGUGAACUGCGUCCUCCUGUUCUUCUUGCCAUGCAAUUGUAACUGUUCUCAGCACCAACCUGGGGAUUAAACCUCUGUUUACUUGGGAUCUUUUCUUCCUAACACUGAUGAAUUACAAUGGCAUGACCUGUGAGCUGUGUCUUCUUAUUACUGUAUAUAAAAGUCGCAGUAUAUGCUGACAUGAAGUAUUAUUAACUAUAUUUGUAAAUGUUUUGUGUGAAUGGCUUUUCCAGAUUGGACUGCACUGGAUUAAAGCCAGGGGCAUCACUUUUGUUUAUGGUUUAGGCCUUAAAAGUGUGCUUUACUUAAACAUAUUACUAAAUGUAAAGGCUUAACCACUUACACACUAAGGAAACAUGGAUGGUUCCACACUUCCACUCCUCACUCUUAUAAUGCAAUAUUAGCCUAAUCAUUUUGCAUGUAGUUGCUGGAUGAUAUGCCUUAGGGUUCAGGGAUGUAAAGGAGGGUAAUGCUAAGGCCAAUUAGUUUAAUAAAUUAUAGAGCUUCUUUUUUAAAAAAGUGUUCAAUGCAUUAUCCCCAUAUAUGAGGAAAAGCUUCAGCUGCAGUUUACAAAUGUGUGUAAAUUUUUUUUAGCCUGUGUUGGAUACAGUUUUGUUAACCCUGUGUGAAAGUGUUAAGAUAACCUGUUGCUUGUCUGUUGCUUCUGUGCUGCUGGAUAAUGCUUGGAGUCUGGGAAAUUGUGCUCGGUAUAUGCGCUUGUAAAUGUAAAUGUAAAAUAAUAUGCAGUGUAAUAUUAUAUGCUUCGUUAUUUCUGUACAUUUGCAGUUUUGUUGACAGAUUAUUGUCCUCUUUGAUGAUUUGUGCUUAUUCCUGGACACAGUGGACAAAUCAAAAGGAGCAUUAGAAGAAAUUCAUCAUUCAUUUAUCUUCAGUAACCACUUUAUCCUGGUCAGGGUCAUGAUAGAUUCAGAACCUAUCCCAGGAACACAUCCUGGAUGAGAUGAAAGUUCAUUACAGGACAGGGAUACAGGAAGGCAUUUUACAUUGGGGGUGGUGACAUUUUAAGUAGCAUACAGUAUAUGUGGCAUGAGCUAUGACGUCUCACCCGAGUGGUAGUCAGUUGAUUAAUGUUAAUUAUAACAAAGAAAAGCGUAUAAUUGUGGAUAUGGUAAAGUUUUCUGUUAGGACACAUUUAUUUAACAUUUAAGGAAGGAGUGUCAUCGCUUUGUAACAGUAACAGUCAGUAAGUUUCCUGACUCGGGAGUUAGUUCCUGUUCUCACUAACGUUAUAGCAGCUAUAUACAGCCAGUCCCUCACAAGCCUCUCUUUUUUUAAGUUAAUGAGACAAAAUGUACCUUGUUAUGUUACAGAUAAACUGGAAAGAGUAAAUUCCUCUGUCCUGAAGACUCAAGUCUUGUCGAUGGCCCAUACCAUUAAAUGUAACUAUGAACAGUUAAAAAGUGUGAUGUAUCGUUCAUUAAUAAAUUAAAAACUGUAAUCGCUGGCAAAUCGCUGUGGUAUAAGAAUGCUAUCUCUGACAUGCAACACUUAAAAACUACUCAAAACACUCCAUUUUAACUUUGUUUGUUUAUCUAUAUACUAUUAUUAUUAGCACUAUUUUUGCAGCUGCAGCUGCAUUUGGAGUUAAAGGAAUCGUGAAAGUCAGGGGUGCUGCAGCAUCCUCAGCACCCAUACUUCCUGCAUCCUUGCUACAGGGCACCAGUCACAGUCUCAUUUGCACCUACGGGCAAUUUAGUGUUACCAAUCCACCUACAUGGCUGUUUUGGGAGGUAGGAGGAAACUGGAGAACCUGGAGGAAACCCACCUGGUCACAGGGAGAACAUGCACAGAGACUCCACACAGACACUGAGCUCAGGAUCGAACCAAGCUGUGAGGCAACAACUUGCCACCAUUCCGCCCAGUAACAAAUUCUAACUGUAAUAAAAUCAUUAUGUUUAAGUUUCAUAAGGUCAGGAAGCCUGUUUGGUUCCCUUGGUUCUGUGAUUGAUCCUAAUGAUGGGCAUUUUUCCACUCACUGCUGUUGAGGAUGGCCCCACAUGGACAGCCUAAAGAUCAUGAGAUAACUGUGAAUAGUACCUGAUAGAAACAGUAAAGAUGG